AUUGCGGCCCGCAAUUGCGUCCUCCGCGAAACCAGCGUCAUUUUCGUAAAUUCUCUACUUAGUUUCGUUUUUUCGUAAUUCGAUGCCGUAUUCCUCAAAAUAAGAUACGUAAUAUCCUAAAACCAAUUUCGUUCAAAUGUGCCAUGUUACGUUGAUUACGCAGUUAACUUCAUAAUGGCGACCGUGCUGGAGAAGCGCCUAUGCUUGCGAAAAUGAAGCGAAUAAGUUAUUUAUUUUAAUAAAACGCCGGGGUUACCCAUAGGAGGACGUUGCAUCGAAGACAGCGGCUUUCCCAGUGUUUGAAUUACAGUUUUGGUCCAUUGGUAGCCCGAAAUGAUGAAGUUAAAGUCAAAUCAAACCCGGACAUACGAUGGGGAUGGCUACAAGAAGCGGGCCGCCUGUCUGUGCUUUAGGAGUGAAAGUGAAGAGGAGGUGAGGACGAGGAUGCAGGGCUAUAGGGUACUGUUGGUGAGUAGUAGUCGGCAUCCAGACAAGUGGAUCGUCCCUGGUGGAGGGAUGGAGCCAGAAGAGGAGCCCAAUGUAGCUGCAGCACGAGAAGUCUGUGAAGAGGCAGGUGUGAAGGGGACUUUAGGUCGCCUAGUUGGAAUUUUUGAGAACCGAGAGAGAAAGCACAGAACCUACGUCUACAUUCUUAUCGUAACGGAGGUCCUGCAAGAUUGGGAGGACUCUGUCAACAUUGGGAGAAAAAGGGAUUGGUUUAAAAUAGACGAUGCCAUACAAGUGUUGCAGUGUCACAAGCCUGUGCAGGCCACCUACUUCGAGCCUCUCAAAGAAGGUUGCCUGACCAGCAACGGGACGCCCCUGGUGGCCACGAUAGGCGGAGAACUCUCGCCCACCUACAACAUCAACCAGAGCUCUGUGUCGGGUAUCAGAUAACUAAAACACAACGCUAACACAAUCCCCAGGAGCUCUCGCCACCACUCUUACUUCUAUUAUUUUUUUAUCUCAAAUACCAACAUGGGUUGCCUUGCCAACUCUUUUGUGCCAGAGUUGUGGCGCAGACUUGACAGGUGUUGGCUGAAGAUUCUGAAACACUUUGUAAAUGUAAUUUUUGACCCUUUUUUGUUGUUAUUAUUGUAUUGAAAAGUGCAUGAAGCAUCCCUCACUCCCACAUUCUACCUUAACGCGCCCUUAGCGUGGUGUUUAUUGAAUGCAAGAACUACUUUUUACUGUUGUGAUGUAAAAGUGUAUACUUAGUGCUUAAGCUCAAGGCUUUCAAUGGUAUUUUAUGUCUUUGGGUUAUUUUCUGGGAAUGAAUGUGGCGAAGAGUGUUUUCCCUCUUAAGUAUAGGAAAUUCGAGCCCGACCGUAGUUUUUUUUUGGGUCUGAUUCAGAUUUUUUUUUUGGGGGGGGGGGGGUUAAAAUGUGCCGAUAUACAGUUUUACACCACACUGAAUUCUCAUAAAUUACCAUCCCAAGAGAGCAGUUGUCCAAUAACUAUGCUUCAAAUGUUUUCAUACAUUGUGAUAAUGACCCAUCAUGAGAAUGGCGGCAAGUGUUCAGAUCAGCAUGAGAUUCCCAUUUUUCAUCUUAUUUAUUGAAUAUCGGUAGAACUUCCGAUAGUGGUAAAAGGCCGAUAUCUGCCGACAAUAUCGGUGAACCGAUAUAUCGGUCGGGCUCAAUAGAAAAUGUUCUCUGUAUCUGAAUGGACAGAUUAUGGGAAGUUACUUGUUUUGCAUGAGCACUGGUAUGUUUUGUCUUACACAUUGGGGUGACCUGACACUGAUUGUGCAGCAGGGUAGUCUUCUGUGGUAACUGAGGUCUUUGAAUUAUCUUCAUUUAGCUCGAUUGUGGUUAUUGGUGUUAAUAUUUUGCAGGUUUCAUCAGAAAGACUAGGCCCUUUUCCACAUGGAUUUAUGACCUGAUUGUCAAGUGUACAUUUUCCCUUUGUCUGGAAGCUAGCCAGCCAUUUCAAUAUUACAUUUUGGGCAAAAAAGAUAUAUUAUAGAAAGGUCUACUCAACUAAAGAUGUAGAACAAAGUCUCCUAUAGAGAAUGUAUUUCUCCAGUGUCUAUAUCUAUUUUAAUGUUCCCCUAGUCUGUUGAUAGUGGUUCACUAGACACUGAAACAGUUGGCAGAUCCCCUACCGACCGAAAUGUAUCCCUUUUUAUCAUUUGGAAUUGCAUGAUGUGAACGACUGCAGUCUUCCUCCAUUUAUUUUCCAGAGGGUGAAAGGACUACUGACUGCAGUGCCAUCCAUGGACUGACUUACCUUCACAUAACUCUUAAUCACAUUUUCAGAUUCUCCCGACUCACCUCAGUUUAUAGCAGAUGUUUACAUUAUUCAUAGCAUUUAUUUAUCACACCAGACAGCUAGAUGGGUAUUUUAGAUGACUUUUCCGUAAGGUAUUUUUUUAGUAUAGAAUCUGCAUCCCCGAACAAACAUGAUACCUACCUGCUUGACAUUCAAAGUCAUGGAAUCUAAAAUGCUGUCUUGGCAAGAUGCAGAACAAACAAGCCUUGUACAGUUGGAUACCUUGUUUUUAACAUGUAAAAACGCUUUUGGAUAGUUUUUUGCUCUCUCUUAAACAUCUGGCAAAAGUCUCUCUAGCCAACCUGCGAUACUUGCCUUGGAUGUGGCAUGGAGCAGCUGGCUUAAUACUGUGAAACUGGAGGCACUGUAGAUAGCAUGUAAGCUGUUGUAUUGUAAAUUGUUUAUUUCUGUAUAGAACAAAGAUGAGUGUACAAAUGACAAACAGUUUCUCUGAAGCAUUUGUGAGUGCUAUAUGUUUCUCAAAACAUGGCUGUAGAGUUGACUCGAUCCCCAAACAGGCGGUGAUGUUGGUUUUGGAGGUUUAGUUGACGAGCUGCUUUGAUACACAGGGGCUGGGGUUGAAAAUAACUCAAAUGAUAUAAGCAGCUGAGAUGCCGCCUCAGAUGUUCAAUGAAGACCAUGUGCAACUGAGGCCGAGGUAAUAAAGUGAAGUUAAUCACAGUUGAACAGUUAACAUACAAAGGACUCAAUCACAUCCGCUUUAGCCAACAUCUUCAUAGCGGUUCUUUUGGUGGUGUGGAACUGCGUUAGAGCUGUCAAAUCCACUGGCAGCUCCUGACAUUUUACCUAAAGCGGACACUGCCAUUGGCUGCACAGAGUCACAUUAAGAGAAACCCCAUGUAGCCUUGUUUACAAGUUGGAACACUGGAAUGUGAGAGAUAAUUUACACCUCGAUUAGGCUGAUAGAAAUCCUUAUUUUGUUUUCUGAUUUUCAAUUUGAGCAUUAUUUCUAAAUAGUGUAGGCUCUUGUUCUAAGCUUCUUGUUUGACGGGUGUGGCAUUGUCACUGAUAAAGAGCAGCUGCACACUGAUUUGACGGCUCCAACGCAGUUGCACCUAUGCAGGUGUCGGCUAUUGCCGGUAACUCUUUAUUAAUCUAAUUGAAUUUAGGCCGAAAUGUAGAUUCUCCGCUGAGCACUGUUCCAAACCACUAGUCUACCAUAAAUCACUGCGCUGUUACGACAUUAUCCUAGUCUGACAACCAACGCUUAUGCCACUACAUCUCCCUCGUCAUCUCUUUUGCCCCAUUGUUUCAGUAGCUCAUCAUUCACUCUCCAAACGGAGCGUUAUCUAUGUUCUCCCCAAUCCCAGACUCAAUGAUGUAGACCUGUUCUCGAAUUGGCAAUGGAUGUGAAAUAUCUUAUGGGUGUAACUAAAUUGAGUGGAUGACAUAUCAAUAGGAAUGCUACAGGAAUCCCUCUCACAAAGGCCUGGGACUUUGAACCCAGAUGUAUUGCUUUUUAAACGAGCUGCAUCGAAAUGUAUAUCACCUGUCAAACCCACAGAGCAGAAUACAUUUAGGCCUGUAUUUCAAUUCUGAAGUCAGCCUCCCUCAGUCCACCAUUUUCUUUCAAUGAUCUAACAAUUAGCUUAGAGCUGGAAAAUGUGACUGAAAGCGGUUCUACUAAAAAUCGGUACGAGGGCAGGCAAGCGCUGUUAAAAAAAAAAAAGGACAUUCGUGUAACAGCAAUGAAUGACUAAUGUUCUUUAACAGUUGUCAAUUUUAAUGUGUUCCUGACAAGGUGUUGUACAUGCAUACUAGUUAAAGUAGGACGUCUUAUAGCUAGAGGCUCUCCGAUACACUUUAGUUAAGUGUGUUUGUCCCUUUCCAUAUCACAAUUAACUUAUUUUAAUGCAAUGGGCAAUGAAAGUCAAAGUGGACAGGGAUUUAUACAUGCAUUUCUCUUCCUAAGGGAUGACUUUACACGGCACUGCUGUCAAAGCCUGGAUGGAUGAAAGUAGGAAGGAUGCAUUUCUAAAAGGCUCAAAAGCAACCUCUGCCCCAAUAGGUCACGGUCCUUCAACACACGAGAUAUUGGAAAUCACAUGACCACCGGGAAACGAUUAACACCAGCUAGUGGCCAGGCAGUAUUCUGCAACAUCCCACCCGAAAAUGUUUUGCCUCAAAUGUUCAGUUGAAUUCUGCAGUGUUCAUGACAUAGCAUUUCAUUGGGAUAGUGGUUAACAGCUUGAUCCUUUUCAAUUGGACCGUCCAGCAAUGCAGGUGAUACUCCCGCUAUGUACAAAUUGAUUAGGCAAAAAUUGUAAUCCGAUGUGAUUCAGCGUAAAAAGCUAUUUGGACUGCCUAAUAUGUUUCCAUUUCCCUCAACAUGACCUCAGCCUUUUAGUUUCCCUGCAUUUGUAGUAAAGGUGUACUUCUCUGGAAUGUGAUUUCUCAUCAUUUGGGACUGUGGAAUAAAUCAGCGGACUGAAGAUUGUAAUAAAAAUGUGCCAACAAAUAAACACCAGUAUUUCAGA